AUCAUCGUCUUCUAUAUCACGAAUCAACCCUAGCACAACUUGCUGCUUUGAGCUCUCUCUCGUAUCAAUCAUACCUUCCGUCCCGCUAUAGAUUUGUACAAUAUAAGUACAUUUUUCGCAAUGAGACGUCAGUUUUAUCGGUUGAUUUCUCAUUCCCUCGAAUAUCUCCCGAAACCAAUUACAGCACCCCUUCCAAUGGAAACCGCAGUGAGGAGGGACCCUAAUUGGAUUCGAAAUUUCUCAGCCUCAGUUCAGGAAUCCAAGCCUGCUGGCCCUUCCGCACGCGUAAUGGAAAUCGCCGAUGAACUCUCCUCUCUGACUUUGCUUGAAAUCUCGGAUUUAACUGAAGAGUUGAGGAAGAAAAUGGGGAUAGAGGAAAUGCCGAUGAUGGCAGUGAUGAUGCCCGGUAUGGGCUUCGCGUCGGGAAUGGCUAAGGGGAAAGGCGGCAGCGCCGGAGGUGCGGCAAAGGAAGAGGAGAAGAAGGAGAAGACGGCCUUUGAUUUGAAGCUGGACGGAGGGUUUGAUGCAGCUGCUAAAAUCAAGAUUAUUAAGGAAGUAAGAGCUUGUACUGAUUUGGGUCUGAAGGAGGCUAAGGAUUUGGUUGAGAAGGCGCCGACAUUGUUGAAGAAGGGCGUGUCUAAGGAGGAGGCGGAGAAAAUUAUCGAGAAGUUGAAGGGGGUCGGGGCCAAAGUGGUCAUGGAAUAAGGUCCUUGAAUGAACCUUGGAGUCACUGAUCAACUUAUGACAAACAGCUUCUUAACUUUAGAUAUCCUACGGACUUGUGGAGGAAAAAAGGGAACCUAGAGUAUACAUAGAGCUUCCACCGGAUUUCUUGAUGUUGCAUUCAUCCAAAUAUUGUCUGAACUCAAAUCUUACUGAUGCUUGAUUAUGCAUACAAUGUUGCAAUCAAUCUGACCUCCCUGCUGAACAGUUCUAAAAGUUGUUAGUUGUGAAUUAUCCAUGGAUUGCACUUUCUGAAGAUCUCAUAAUUCAUUUGCAAACCAGCCUUAAUAAGUGUUGGUAUUUAAUUAAACUUUGUUCUGUACUGGCAGCCAUUUAUGCUGCAACAACUGUAGAGCUACUGGACCAUGGCAUUUAAAGACGCGAAACUGGUAAUGUGAAGAUGUCAA